AUAAGAUGGACUUGGGCCCGUGUGAACAGCACUAUGCGAGCGACAUGUCGCUACACGACCAGCCACACCGUUGGCCGAUGCGAAGCGAACUUAUAGCGACUGGUUAGGUAUCAAAGUAUUACGCACCAAGCCGAGUGCAGUGACUUACCAAGACUUUUAAACAAUCUAGUCGUAUUUAUAGUGAUAAAUCAAAGUUAAUAUAUUGUUACUUACAUUAUUUAUUAUACUUAUUAUGGGUUUCUUUUGUAAAUUUCAAGAGCACAAAAUAAAGAAAUAUUCCAGAAGUAAACUCAUUGAAAGAGCAAAGAAAUUAUCAAAAUAUGUUAGUGUAAACACAAAAUACGGGAGUGUCGCCAUUAAUUCUAUUUAUUUGCGCCUUUUGAUGGAUGCCAGUAUCAGAUUGCGAUUGAAACGUGCUGCGGACAGUGCGGACUCACCAAUACUGGAGGAGGCCGGCGAGAGCGGCUCGGAACAGAAGCCAAAGCCUCUCAUCAAAUAUGGAGAACUCGUUAUACUCGGUUACAACGGAUACCUCCCAGCCGGAGAGCGAGGUCGACGUCGUAGCAAAUUCGUGCUGUAUCGACGACCGUCUGCGAAUGGUGUGAGGCGGUCCAAACACUAUGUUGUCAAGACUCCUCACAGCAGCAAGGCGAUCCUCGAUGCCAGCCAACACUCAAUAUCCUACACACUCAGCCGCAGCCAAGCGGUUAUCGUCGAAUACACAGAAGACCCAGACACGGAUAUGUUCCAGAUCGGUAGAUCAUCGGAAUCACCGAUAGACUUCGUGGUGAUGGACACAGUGGCUGGUGAUAAAAGUGGCGAUACAAAAGUGCUGCAGAGUACAAUAUCUCGGUUCGCUUGCCGCAUCAUAGCUGACCGUAACGACGUCAACAACUGCCGCAUAUACGCAGCCGGUUUUGACUCCUCCAGAAAUAUAUUUUUAGGGGAAAAAGCGACAAAAUGGACAGAGAAUCAAGAAAUAGAUGGACUUACGACAAAUGGUGUUUUGAUCAUGCAUCCACGUGGUGACUUCUGUGGCGGUAGCGCCACCUGUGGGCCGUGGCGCGAGACUUCCGUCGGAGGCGCCGUGUUCUCGCUCAGGGAGAGCCGCUCUGCACAACAAAAGGGCCUGCCAUGUCAAGCUGAGACAAAUGUCCUCAGAGACGGAACGAUGAUAGACUUAUGUGGCGCUACAUUAUUAUGGAGGAGUGCUGAAGGACUUAAAAAUUCACCGACAAAACGCGAUCUCGAAGCAUUAGUGGACGAGCUGAACGCUGGCCGGCCGCAGUGUCCCGUGGGCCUGAACACGCUUGUGAUACCGCGCAAGCUGUCCUCUGCACAUCAGGACCUGAACCAGCCUUACGUAUACCUCAACUGUGGACAUGUACAAGGCGAGCAUUCGUGGGGUGCGGAAGGCAGUGAGUCAGGGUCUCGACGUUGCCCCAUGUGUCUGACAGCUGGCUCUGUAGUACGCGUCUGCAUGGGAAUCGAACCUGCUUUCUACGUGGACGCGGGCCCGCCCACCUACGCAUUCAAUCCCUGCGGACACAUGGCCUCCGAAAGGACCGUCAAAUACUGGGCUAGUGUGGAUAUACCGCACGGUACAAACGGGUUCCACGCGAUCUGUCCGUUCUGCGCGGCGCCGCUGCAGGGCUCGCCCGGAUACGUGCGCCUCAUCUUCCAGGACAACCUCGACUGAAUCUCGAUACAUCCGCACAGGUCGCCAGCGGCAAUUUGACGUGUGCGUACAAAAUGCAUGAAGAGAUGUGUAACAUGAACAUGGCGGCCAGCCCGAGCUCAUGGCGACCCUCGCGACGUGAGGGACCUGCAUGACUACGCACUGCCUCACCCUGCAGUGCCAGCGAACAUACUCCCAACACUGUGGCUCCACCUACAACCCUACGCAAUGUCAUCGACUAGACCCUUAGACAAUACAUCUAUGUAUAACAUUUCCUGACCAUAAAAAACCUAUUUAUUUAUUAUAACUAAACUCCCACACCCCAAUAAAAUGUCUCUAGCAUCGAAUAUUAUCUAUGAAUUGAAUUACAAUGUAUUUUAAUGUACGCAAAUAUGUUACUUUCACGUAAUUCUAUGUUUCGGUGUCAAUCUAUGUUAACUCAAUGUUCAAUUGAUUUGCGAUAACCUAUUAAUAUUUAUUUGUUGGACACAACAUGUAAGAUACGUUAAGGCGAUGAGAAAAUUCAGGAAAUAACAAAAAUAUUUAAAGCUUUGUAUAUUGCGUGCUGAUUUUAUUGCUAGAAUUAAUAAUUGUUGUAAUUAUGAAUGAACUGAAUUAUUUAAUGAAUAGAGGUUUCCUUCGAAACUUAUCUAGAUUAUAAUAAUUUUUGAUUGCACAGGCUUCUCAACAUUUUAUGGAUCCACCUAUGCUUUUUAAUCGGUACUACAUUAUUUGACAAGUUCAGUCGCCAUGUUUUGUGACAAGAUUGCUAUUAAUUAUCGGAUCACGUCGAUAAUGUAGUACCAGCCCUAUUAUCUUAAGGUAAUCCAAUGUAAAUAUUCUAUGUACGUUUAUUUCUAUACUUGUAGUUUAAGUAACUUAUGUUGGUUUUUCCGUAGCGUGUGAGACAGUUGAUAGUUAAGUACGAGCCAGAAUUUAGCAGUAGCACAUAGACACUACUAAUGUUAGCUUCAAACAAUAAGUUGGUAUAUGUUUAAUAAGAUACAUUAUACUUUACAAUAUGGUCUCAUUUCUUGACAUUCAACAUAUUGGGAUAUAUUUAAAGAUACAUAUACGAAUAACUAUAGAUCAUAAGCAGUUAUUUUUCAUUUCUAUAAUCAUCAAGUGUUGUAAGCAAACAUUGGAUUGUUAUAUUUAGAGAGGAUUUGUAUUUGAGUGGAUAAUUCUUUGUUUGUAUGGCUGUUAUGUCUCAAUAUUUAGAGGUCAAUGUCUGCGAUGUUGAUUGAUGUUACAUGCUGUGAAUAUUGGUGUAGUCAUAGGCAGAUAUGUGUCGACGAAAGUGCAAAGAUUGCUAAACGAUUAGUUUUUG